CGCGCGGCCCAUGAAUGAUUCUGGCCCAUCCAAACGAGGAGGGAGAUUUCCUUUCCUGUUUUUCCUGUCCGAGUCGGAUUCGAAGGCGAUCUGGAGUUCUCUUAAUUAUACAUAGUACCGGCCGCCAUCCCAAGGAGAUACGAGUUGAUCCCCUUCCCCGCAAUCCAAACCGACUUGUACUGCUACUACUACCCGCCGCCGGAGCUGGAGAAGAAAGCAAGAGAGUCGUUGAAAGAUCGAGAAGAUCUUCCUCGACAGCGUCUUGUGAUCGUCUAGAUGGAUGCCAUCGGGGAGUACAUCGAGUUCAUGGCGAGCGGAGGGAAGGGGCUCCGGCGCCGGGGGAGCUGCGGAGGAAGGCCAAGGAGCAGCUGCUGUCGUGCGGGUGGAGCCUCUGGACCGCGAUCAAGUACAACGGCCGGGCGGAGCUCCGGUACAGGGCGCCCCACGGCGCCUCCUCCGCCUCCCUCAUCGUCGCCUGCAAGAAACACCACCAGGACAUCACCGCCCCUGCUGCUCCUCCUGCUUCUUCUUCUUCUAGGAGUAGCACGAGGAGGAGGACAGCACCACCAUUGAUAAAUCCCCCUUCCCCUUCUCCUCCUUCUUCUUCUUCUUCCGACGAAGAGAACAAGAAGAGGACAGUACGUACCGCCGCCAGCUCCAAGAGAAGCACCAGGGCGACCGGAAAUGGCAGCAGCGAUCUGGAGGAAGAGGAGGUCGACAAUGAAGAGGAGGAGGAGGAGUCUUGUGUGGCCGCCGACCCGUCAUAUGCCGCCCCCGGUGAAUGCACGACGAGAUCCAAGAAGAGGAGGAGAGUGUCUGCCAUCAGCGCCGGCGACGCUGCCCUCAAGAAGAAGAAGAAAGCGUCGGCGGCAUCUGCGUCUCUGGCUAAGGCAACGGGGCGUGUUCUGCGACCAAGGCUCAAGGACGGGGGAGACAAGAAGAAGACCGAGGCGGUGGCGUCGUGCCAACCGAGCCGCGGAAGAACGAUCCUGGCGGUGCUCAUGGACAAGACCAUCCUGAAGCCAACGGAUAAGCUCAUCACCUGCCGGCGAACGAGGGACGGGCCUCCACUCAAGAGCGGCGUCAUGGCUGGAGAUGGAAUCAUGUGUACCUGCGGCUGCCGCAGAGCCUUCUCCGUGGCAGACUUCAAUGUCCACGCCAUCCGCAACAGCCGGAGCAGCAGCAACAGGACAUCGCCACCGUCAGCUCGCCUAUUCCUCAAGGACGGCAGGUCACUGUUGGAGUGCCUGGUCCAGCUGAUGAGGAUGACACGGCGCAGCGACGGCGCUGAGGGGCCGCCGGUAGUGAGAGUGAAGAAGCAGAUGAAAUGGUCGUCGGAGCUGCAGGUGGAGGACGGCGACUGGGUGUGCUCCGUCUGCGCAGGGGGUGAGAUGCUGCUCUGCGACUGCUGCCCCUCGGCAUUCCACCAUGCCUGCAUCGGCCUGGAUGCCACCCCUCCGGGCGAAUGGUUCUGCCCGCCCUGCCGGUGCACCAUCUGCGACUCCGGCCACUUCGACAACAACCAUGACCAUGGAUUCACUGACAAGACUGUGAUCCUCUGCGACCAAUGCGAAUUAGAAUAUCAUGUCGGUUGCGUCAAGAACAGAGGAGGUGAUCAUCAGCUUGAGUGCUGCCCAGAAGUGCCUUGGCUCUGCAGCCAAGAGUGCUCAGAGAUAUCCCAACAUCUGCAAGGACUCGUUGGCAAAUCAAUCCCUACUUCAGAGGAAGGCUUGUCAUUCACGGUCCUAAGAUCACCAAAACACCCCGAGGAGGAAGAUGAUGCCAUGGCGGCCGAAGAGCACGGGAAGCUGUGCAUGGCGUUCGACGUGCUGCACGAGUGCUUCGUCACCCUCGUCGAGCCGCACACGCAGAGCGACCUCAGCCAAGACAUCGUCUUCAACAGAGAAUCAUGGCUGAGACGGCUUUAUUUCCGGGGAUUCUACAUCAUAGGUCUCGAGAAAGGCGGCGAGCUGAUAACCGUGGGUACACUGAGAGUGUAUGGGAAGAAAGUUGCAGAACUGCCGCUUGUCGGGACCCGAUUCACGCAUCGCCGGCAAGGGAUGUGCCACCUCCUGAUGAACCAGCUGGAAAUGUUGCUCGGCGAGUGGGGAGUGGAGAGGCUUGUGCUGCCGGCAGUGCCUGAGCUUCUGCAAACAUGGACUGGAUCCUUCGGUUUCCAGGUUAUGACCCAAUCUCAGAAGCUGGACAUUGCACAGCACACUAUCAUGUGCUUUCAGGGAACCACGAUGUGCCACAAGUUCAUCACCAAC